AAAAGUGAAUGCAGGCUGACGUUUUAUUAUUAGUUUCCCAUGUUUUGCUUCGACGGCUACAACUUCUGCUACAUUUUACGGAGGCAAGGUUUCUGUUUCUUCGAUGACACAGGUACACACAACGUACAAGAGUGAAUUCUCAAUUAAAACUUCGUUGCAUUUGGACAAUUUUACAGAGUUUCGCAAACUCGACAUAUUUGAUUCGAAGUUAACGGUGUGGGAAGAUUAUCUUGUUGGAAUUCAGUUACUUCUUACAGCCUUUUCAGCAUUCGUUCUGAAUAUCUUCGUUAUCAUCGUUUGUGUGCGAAAACGCAGCAGCCUGGUUCCCGCUGACUAUUUCAUAGUGAACCUUGCAGUGAGUGAUUUAAUUCUGUCCGUUGUUGGGCUUCCUUUCGGAAUAUCCUCGUCUUUUUUACAUCGAUGGACGUUUGGUUCUGGCGGCUGUAGAAUAUACGGAUGUCUCGGAUUCUUCUGUGGGGUAGUCAGUAUUUCCACCCUAGCCUUAAUGAGUUUUUCAAGAUAUAUCCAUGUGUGCAAGUCCAGUAAAUCGCCUUUCUUUUCUAAACAUACCAAUUUCUUCAUAAUCGGAAGCUAUGUAUACGCAUGCGCUUGGGCGUCAUUUCCGAUGCUCGGAUGGGGAGAGUACGGAGUGGAGGCUUAUGGAACUUCGUGUACCCUGAAGUGGACCGAGAAUAGAGGUUUCGUCACUCUGAUGCUUAUUUCAUGUAUCAUUUUCCCCGUCAUCAUUAUGAAAUUUUGUUAUGGUGGAGUGUAUCUAUAUUUACGGAGACACUGCAAAGCGUUCAGAACAGACCGAAGUAAAAUGGGAAUUAAUGUACGAAAAAGAGAGGGAUAUCUUAUAAAAAUGGCCUUUAUGAUGUGUUGCGCGUUUAUGCUGACAUGGACCCCAUACGCCGUGGUCAGUUUCUGGGCAGCUUAUGGUGAUCCCAAUAGUAUUCCAGUAAGACUCACUCUCGUCUCGGUGCUCAUUGCAAAGACAUCAACAAUAUGGAACCCUUUGAUUUACUUUGUGUUGAACAAGAAAUUCAGGCCUCACAUCAGAUUUUGUCUUCAAAACUUAUUCAGGAACGAAACAAAUGCUCAAGACAGACGGACUAGAAGUCCAUGGUUUUUCUGUAACAGUCGAUCGUCUAUGACGUCAUCGCUAUAAUAGCUAGCAUGGAACUGUGUUCACUGUGUCGAAAAACCUUUCCAACAAUAACACGCGCGUGAAGCCCAGAAAUGGUUAUUUUUUUUUAAGGAGAAAGUUGGGUCGAUAGGUUGUUAAUGAGAUUUCUACGGAUGCCAAAAAAGAAAAGAAAAGACAAGACUAUGCCAUUAUUUGAUUGUUUACCAUUGCAUGAUGUGGGGGUAUUUUUGUUUGUUUGGGUUUUUUUUUUGAUGGGAUGGGAGGGGGGUGGUUCAUAUUGUAUUAAAUAGAAUUGUUUUUAAUGUAAGUAGAUGUAAAAGCGCGUAUUAGCACGAAUUGUCAAGGACACGUUUCUAUAAAAUGUCUAAAUACUUGUAUUUAAUUUUGUACCGGGUAGAAAUUAAUUGACGGACAAGAAAGGGGAGAGUUAUUUUUUCCUCGCUAUUUCCGUAUUUUUGUACUUGGUUAUUGUUAUACAUUGUGAUACAUUGUUUUUAUUGGCAGUGGAUGCCUUACUCUAUCGGUGUUCAAUGGAUCUUACUUUAAAUAGUUAAAACAAUGAUAUUCAGGCAUUGGUCAAAGAUUUCUUCAUUGAGUCGCAUGGUCAUGAUUUUGUUCAUUUUAUUUUUAUUUUCAUUGUUUACAAUGCUUUAGUAAUCCAUUUCUAUGUUCAAGCAGAAUUUGAGUGGCAGUCGUAGAGUUAUAAGCAAGACGCAGCGCUCAAAGUUCUUUGUUAUGUAAACAAGGCUCGUGCCAUGUUUUUGCUUACAUUGGUUCAAUGUAACUGUUAUCAGCAUGAAUAUUCAUUCUAGGAUAAACCUGGAAUUUUCUUUUCAACAUUCAAAAUGUAAUCUAAAACAUGACCUAAACUGUUUUUUUACAUAACAAAUAGUGUAAGCUUAUAACUCGACAACCAUAACACUCAAAUUUUGGUUGGCUACGAAAACUGUCUUGCUGAAGAAUUGUAAACAAUAAAAACGAGGAGACUUGUAACCGAAAAUUCUUACAAAUUCGAUUUAUAUUUGAAACUUUUUUUUAAAUAUAACCUAAGAAUUAACAUGCCCUUUACAACGCAAAGUCUUACAUGACUUUAGUCAUACAGAGAAAAUUUUUCACAAAAUAAAAUAUUCGAUAUUUGUCCAUUUAUAAUGUUCCAAACAGCUCCUUGCAUGUACCAUUAGUGAUAGAACCCUUUUAACAUUACCUUGGACUUUCAGUAGGGCGUUGCUAUCUAUUCCUUGCGUCAAAACAAAAUAAAAAUGACGCGGUUUCAAGCGAAAUAUGCAUCGAUUGCGUAGUCUUAGCUCAAAAUCCAGACAAAUCUUGUUGAUUUCAAAGAGCCAUGGCUGAGUGGCUAGCAAUGAAAUAGACAGGUCUACGUCACAUUGCUGUUUGACACAACUACCCAAAGUCCAAGCUCUUGUUAAAUUGGUUCUAGGUAUGUAAGAUGUUUUAAUUAAGAAAGUCGCCAAAAAACGGGGUUCAUUAUGACAGUGUGUAAAUUUUUUUUU